AUGAGCGCCGGUUGCACCAGCUACGUGAACGCCGAUAAAGUGCUGGUGGGCUCCUUCAGCUGUCCGCGGGAAGACGGCGAGGCUGACGCGAUCUAUUGCUGCGGCUUCCAGGAUAUCAAGUAUUGUUGCGACGACCCGAACAGCUUUUUCCCUUAUGAGCACAACUAUAUGUGGUGGCUCAGUAUUGGAGCGCUUAUUGGCUUGUCAGUUGCAGCAAUGGUCUUGCUGGCCUUUCUCAUCACUGUGUGUGUCCUCUGUUACUUGUUUAUCAGCAAAAAGCCACACAACAAACUGGAUACAGGCUUAACCUUGAGCUUAGAAGCAGCAGCAAAGAAGUCCAUUUGUCCAAAGGCACCAGCAAAGUAUUCCAGAAAUGAAGGCAUUCUCUAA